GAUCAAGGGGCGGGCCGACGAUGCGACCGACAAACCGUCCAGCGUGCAAGUGUUUCACUUGAACGAGGGCAACCAAGCCGGCUGGCACUACCCGUGGAAGAGCGGACGUGGCCAAGCCGUACGCGAAACCAAGCACUGUCUUCGGGCGUACGUGAUGACUCGCGAGGACGUCAAUCUCUGCCGCGUACUGCAAGUAGCCUCGACACCGGCGUUCACGAUCGAGUCGUCGCGGCGCAAGGCCGAGCCGCUCGGCCCCGACGUGCUCGUAACGUUCUCCAAGCUCUUCGCCCCCGAGUCCAGCAUUCGCGUCAAGGCCAUGCAGCUCCAGACGCUCUACGACUUUCUCUCGACGAUGGCGCUCCCGCAACUCGUCUUCGUGCAGCCGCAAAUCCAAAAGCAGCUCCACGAGCUCAUCUACAAGCCUCCUCGCGCCGCGUCGAAACGCAAGCGCGCGAUCACGGGCGACGCCAGCGUUUUUGCCGCGCUCUGGAGCGCGUAUGCGCCGGCUGCGACGGCGCCGACCGCCAAGGCGCGGGUAGAAGUGGGCGUCAACCUCCUCUACGACAUUGUUCGCCACCUCCCGUUCAUGCACAAGCUCAUCUUCCAGCGUGACGGCCCGUGGCGGCUCGGAGCGACGCCCGAGCUCUACAACUGCUGGGUCGAAAACACGGCGAGAGCCAUGGACGCCCUCCUGGCCAAGCCGGGCUUGACGCUCGCCGGUUUCUGCGCCAAGCUCGACACGCCGCUCUCGGAGCCUGUGCCACUGGACCAGUUCCUUCGCCUCCUACCUACGCUCCACCCGACCGACUAUGUCGACCCACCGAGCCUGCCCCACCAAGGUGCAUUCACGGCGUCCUGGACCCUCGAUCCGGCGCGUCUCGAGCUCCGUCACGUGGCCGCGCUGCCAACGCUCUCGCUGAUGACAGUGCUGCGAUCCAUUUCCAUGCUGUCGGGCUUUUCGCUCAGCCUCGUGCAGCCAACGCUUCAUAUGCGAUCGUACGCCGAGUGGCUUCCAACGGCGUGGACCACCUACGUGCUGGACGGCCGGCUGCAUCCGUGCGAUGCUGUUCUGCCCAAUGGUGAGCCCGUGGGCAUGAUUGCCCUCGACCACUACAUCGGCUGGCACAAGGACACAAAGCUACGCGUCGACCUCUUUGGCCCGAACCUGCGUCUCUCUGUGCGCUGCGCUCUCACCAAGGAGACCGAGAUGGACAUGGACGUGAUGGCGUGGGCGACACCGAGUGGCGACGACGGCGCCGCCGACUUGCCCGACGACGUCCUCGACGCGCGCUGCGCCCGGCUCCUCCACGCGACUGGCGGCUUUGCGGCCGAAGGCUAGGUACUGGCUGAGCGAAUUUGAGGAUGCAGCGCCCAAUGAAAUGCGGUCACUGUAACGAAUAAGCGUGACAAGUUGCC